AUGAGAGUCGCGGACACUUAUUGGCACGAAACUUGCUUGAUUUGUUCAGUGUGCCACGAUCCACUUUCUUAUUCGUGUUACACUCGGAAUCAGAAACUUUAUUGCAAACUCGACUACGAUCGAAUCUUCGCAGCCAAGUGUGGAACAUGUGGAGAGAGGAUAAACCCUAGGGAAUAUGUGAUGAGAGCAGGCAGCAUAGUUUUCCACCUCAACUGUUUCCUCUGUGCUGGUUGCUUCAGGCCUCUGCAAAAGGGCGACCAAUUCGUCCUCAGAGCCGGUCAGCCGCUUUGCAGGGCAGAUUUUGAAAAGGAAUUCUUCCUCCUUCAACAAACCUCGCUCGGCUCAGAGCUACUGGAUGAUGGUUGUGGAAGAAUAACGAGAGAUGGUCGAAGAGGACCGAAAAGACCGAGAACCAUUCUCACGUCAGCUCAAAGACGCCAAUUCAAAGCUUCCUUCGAAGUGAGCCCGAAACCGUGCAGAAAAGUUCGAGAAGCACUGGCCAAAGAAACUGGCUUGAGCGUUCGCGUGGUUCAAGUUUGGUUCCAAAAUCAGCGCGCUAAAAUGAAGAAGAUGGAGAAAAAGCAGAAAGAGAGAGAAAGCAGAGAAGACGGGAAAGAUGGAGAAAAAGAACCUAAUAAAAAGGGGAGAAAAACGAAGGCUGCCGCUUUGGUCAAAGAAGUUGACAGUGAUUCCGACACCGAAUUCAAU